AUGGUCAAAAGAAGCAAGCUGCUCCAGGCGCUCGAUGCAUCCAAGGGUCGCGACUAUGAUGCUGAGAAACAGAAGAAGCAGGUCAAGGCGGCAGUCAAGCGCAAAGGCGUAAAGGCCGAGAGUGCCCCAGCCAAGGCCAAAGAGGCUGAGGACGUUGAAAUGCUGAGUGCUGAAGAAGAACAAGAAAGUGAAGAGGCAGAGGAAGCUGCAGACUCUGAUGAGGCAGAAGAAGAAGAAGAGGCAGAGGAUGAGGACGACGAAGAGGAGGAAGAAGAAGAAGACAUCCCUCUAUCAGACUUGGAAGACGACGAGCGCGAGGACAUCGUCCUACACCAACGCCUCACCAUCAAUAACUCCGCCGCCAUCUCCUCCUCCCUUAAGCGUAUCUCCUUCAUUACCCAGCAGACCCCAUUCUCAGAGCACAACUCUCUAGUGUCGCAAGAGCCAAUCUCAGUGGAAGACCCCAAUGACGAUCUGAACCGUGAAUUGGCCUUUUACAAGGUCUGCCAGGCCGCCGCCAACCAGGCCCGUGGUCUGCUCAAGAAGGAGGGUGUUGCCUUCACACGUCCUGGAGAUUACUUUGCCGAGAUGGUUAAGAACGACGAGCACAUGGAUAGGAUCAAGAAGAAGCUGUAUGACGAGGCUGCUGGUAAGAAGGCUGCUGCCGAGGCACGCCGCCAGCGUGACCUUAAGAAGUUCGGCAAGCAGGUGCAGGUCGCCAAGUUGCAGCAGAGACACAAGGAAAAGCGGGAUACUCUUGAGAAGAUCAACGCCUUGAAGAAGAAGCGCAAGGCUGACUCCACUGCUCCUACCGAUGACGCCAAUGAUCUCUUCGAUGUGGCCAUCGAGGACGCUGGCAAGCCGGAUCACAAGCGUGGUGGCCGUGAUAACAAGCGCCAAAAGAAGGAUUCCAAGUUCGGAUUCGGCGGUAAGAAGCGACACUCAAAGAGUGGCGAUGCUGCUUCCAGUGGUGACCUGCGCAGCUACUCGGCCAAGAAGAUGAAGGCCGGUGGAGCCAAGCGUCCCGGAAAGAGCAAGCGGGCGAAGGGUCGCCUGUAA